AACACUUCGGCAAUCAUGAUGUGUGGUACGAAAUCGGCUGAUCAAUUAACAGAGGAACAGAUUGCUGAAUUCAAAGAAGCUUUCUCACUUUUUGAUAAAGAUGGAGAUGGUACUAUUACCACAAAAGAACUUGGAACCGUCAUGAGAUCUCUAGGCCAAAAUCCUACUGAAGCUGAACUCCAAGAUAUGAUUAAUGAAGUUGAUGCUGAUGGUAAUGGAACGAUAGAUUUCCCCGAAUUCUUAACUAUGAUGGCUCGCAAAAUGAAAGACACAGAUAGUGAGGAAGAAAUCAGAGAAGCAUUCCGUGUAUUUGACAAAGACGGAAAUGGCUUUAUUAGUGCAGCUGAAUUACGUCAUGUCAUGACUAACCUUGGUGAAAAACUCACCGAUGAAGAGGUUGAUGAAAUGAUCAGGGAAGCUGACAUUGAUGGUGAUGGUCAAGUCAACUAUGAAGAGUUCGUGACCAUGAUGACUUCUAAGUGAAAUGUGUUUCAUUAUUAAUAAUUAUUAUUAUGUAAUUUUUUUAUCAUAUUAUAUGUAAUUUUUUUUUGAAGAAAAAAACUUAUUUGCAUUUUUUUGUUCGAAUAAGCUUUAAUGAAGAUGUGAUUUUAAAAGUAAUGUCUUUUUGUCACAUUUUAAACUUAAUGAACAUUUUUUUUUUUUGAGUUAAGACGUUCAUUUAACUACUAUCACUGUAAGAUUAAAGUAUAUUUUUAUUUUAUUUUAAUUUUCACUUGAAGCAGUUUUUAUUUGGCAGUUGUUCUGCUAUGUAAAUUUUUUAAAAAAAAAAAAAAAAAAUGAAAAGAGAAAAUAAUAAUAAUAAUAAUCACAGACGUUAACAAAAUAUUAUUCUUUUUUUAUAUUAUAUUAAUGUUUUAGUUUUUUGCUAGCCAGUUUUGUCUUAUUAAAAUAUUAUACUUACAUUAUGGUAAUAUGAUGAAAAAAUAAUCUUAAGUAUAAAUGAGAGAUUAUAUUAAAGUAUAUUAUAAAUAAUUUGUUGUUUUACACUUAAAACAUAAUUAAAAAUCUUGUAAUUUUUAUGGUUAAUUAUAAUCUCCAAUGUUUUAGUAAUUUAUUAUUAUAUUAUUAUUAUUAUUAUUAUUAUUAUAUUAUAUUAUAUAAAUAUUAAUUAUUAAAUAUUAGGGACGUUUUCACAUUCCUCACACCCAAAAAGUAUACAUGUGUAUAUAUAUAAAUAUUUACUGGAAAUAUAUAUAUAUAAACUGAGAUACCAAUCAAUUAAAACAAAUUUUUACAAAUAAUUUUGGCAUGAUAUUAAUUAGCCUAUUGUAUUUUAUUUUAUACAAUUAUUAUUAUAAUUAUUAUUUUUAAAAAGUAUAUCAAAAAGACACAUUAAAAAUUUUAUUUGUUCACUUGUAAAAAAAAAAAUAUGAAAUAUAGAGACAUUGUUUUCUUUAAUCCCAUUUAAUUCAUUCAAAUAGAUAUAUUUUUUGCACAUUUGUCACAAACAUUUAUUUGGUGAACUGAUAAUAUGUAAUAUGCAUAUUUUACUACUGUAUUUACUUCAGUAGAUGUUGAAUAUAAAUUCUAAAUAUUUAACAUAUAUUUAAAAUAUUAAAUUUCAUAAAAAACAACCAUUUGAGUUCGAAAUCUAUAUAUAUAUAUAUAAUGGUUGAUAAAGUUGAAUGUAGAAAUAAAUCUUUAAUGCAUAUUAUAUAAAUAGUUAAUGAGUAAUUUAUUUUAUCAAAGUAGCAAUUGCUUACUGGUGGUGGUCACCGAUAAAAUAAAAUAAGAAUUUCUAAGACUUAUAUUUUUUAAAUACUUGAUAUUAAAUUGCAAUUCAUUUUCUAAAGGGUGAUGUGCAUUAAAUUGCGACAAUAUCCUGGUUAGUUGCUGUAUUAAGCAUUGAUGUUAGCUUAUUCUGCUAAUUCACAAUAAUUGCCCAAUUUUAUACUUACUUUUAUAAAAUGUGUAUAUAAAUUAAAUUAAUACAUUACUUAUUUGGCGAAAAAAGAUAAAAUCUUGUAUUGUAGGUCUUAUUUUUGUUCUUUUCUGUUUAUUAGAUUUAUUGUAAGGUUAAUUAAUAAUCGCAGUUGUCCUACUUUUUGUCUAAUAAACACAUUUUAUCAUUGUUUAA